AAAAUGGCGGGUCUUGCUUGGGUUCUUUCUGAUUCAAGAAAUGACCAGGUUCAUACGGGUCAAGCCCGCUCUCUUUCUGUGUCAUCACCACUCAUGGCGGAAGCUUUGGCGAUCAAGGGAUUGCUCCUGGCGGCUUCACACCUCUCUUCACCAAACGUCUGGAUAAAAUCCGACUCCUUAGAGCUCAUCCGAGCUAUCAACUCGAAUACAUUUCCUAUGGAGCUCUAUGGAGUUCUCAAGGACAUCGAGUUCCUAUCUGCACCUUUUGAUUUCAUCUUCUUUUCGCAUGUCUCAAGAUUAUGUAACUCUCGAGCUGAUUCGUUGGCGAAGAAUGCUCUGUUAUGUGAUUGUUCUAUCUUGUACUGAACCCUUUAUCUUAUAUAAUUCAACUGUUGUUCAAAAAAAAAAGACUAUGAAUCGUAUUAUUAUUGGUUUAACAAUAUAUGAUGUUAAGUUACAAAAAAAAACAAUAUAUCAUGUUUUGGUUAAUUAUAACAUAUAUGUGAUGUUCCUUCUAUAGCCCACGACAUUUUGUUAUAAAUACAUGGUUUCGGCAAGAGUUUCGUUGUUUCUUUACAUUCAACUCACAGUUGUGUUUUGUCACUUUAAUCAAUCAUAUGAUUCAUGACUUAUCGUAUCAGUCUUAUAGUUUUGCUUUAAUUUAAUCUAUAAAUUAGUAAGCUAAUCAUAUGUAUAUAUAUAUAUACUCAUAAGUUCUUUUUCUUUGUUAAUGUAUAAUACUCAUUAAUUUUUCGUUUGUUGAUGUAUAUCUGAUUAAUUUUUUCGAUUGUUGAUGUAUAUCUCAUAAGUUCUUGUUAGAUAUAAAUAGCAAGGAGAAAAAGACAUGUGAUGAGAUAAUCAAAAGCAGACGUAGUCGGCAUAUGAAACCGAACACAGAGAUACAAAUUAAAACAUGAGAUCGUCUCCCGUUGUUUCCGGUAACAGACUUUCUAUCAUGAUUGUAACAAUUAUGACGACAUGUAUUUUAAUUCCACUAAUAAUUGUAUACAUGCAAACACGAUGUGUUGCUUAACAACGGCGUAAUAAGCAUAAAACACACAGACAUACACACAUUAACGCUUAUACAAGAGAUUUUAGGUUAAAAUUGCGGACAGAGAAUCGGCGAGGGACUUUAUCAAAAAAAAAAAAAAAGAGGAUCGGCGAGGGAGACAAUGGUGGAAGGUGCAACACCUCGACUUCCAGACAAAUGCCAUUUCUGCAUCAUCCCCACAACAUUUGCAUUCUCUACCUUCAGUUUCUCCUCUUCUUUACCUUCCGUCUCAAAACCAAUCUUCCAUAAAUAAACAAACCAAAUUAUUUAGGGAUCGAUUGUUUUAUAAACGUUAACAUUUGCGAUGAAAUGUAUUUUUCUACAAAUGACACUAAACACGUCUACUUAAAUAACCAUAAGCAGAGAUUCUCUGUUCACUUGUUCUUUGAAGAUGAAUACAAAAUAGUAUACGUUGUGGACAUAUACCUCGCAGAAGCUAUCUUUGGCUGAGAAAUGGUAAGUGGUGAUGGAAUUAAUGUCUUGAAAUACUUAGACUGGAAAAAGCCUACAAAUUACCAUCUCUGUUCCCACUGUUAAAAACAAAGAAGGGUUUUGAUAAAAAAAAAAAAACAAAGAAGGGUAGAUUCUUUAGAAGUGGACAAGAAAAUCUAACUGAAGUGGUCAGAUAUAAUUAAAAACAAUGCAAAGAGUCUAGGCUUACUUUUCUUUUUAAGUUGAGGAUGUAGAGAUUUAUAAUCAGGUUGGUGUGUAUCCUUGAGAAAUAAUUACUUUACUUUCAAUUUAAAUAUGAAACAUCUUUAUAGUAAGUGAGGGACUGGUGGUAGGUAACAUCAUUGGGUAUAUCUAGUUCCUAAUUUAGUCAAAACUUUAUCAGUUAGUUUCUGCAACGGAUAUAUAUAUAUAUAUAUAUAUAUAUAUAUAUAUAUUGCUAAAUUUCAUAUAUCAAUCAAAUAUCAAAUAUGAUUUUUUUUAAACACACAAAUAUGAUUUUUUAAUAUUAAAAUCUUAACUACUGGUACUCCUUGAUUUGAAAAUUCAACUAAUUGGAGGAAGAGUCCUUUCAAAUUUCAUAUAGCAAUCAAAUUUCUCCAGUGUUUAGGCGAAUAUAUAAUAAAUGCCUCCCCAAGAAAAAAAAACAUUAUUAAGUGGUGGUAGUGGUUUAGUGAUUCCCACUUGCUGGAAGAGUGUCUUCUAGGGACAGGUUCAACAUCAGUUGAUCUAAUAUUUUUUUUGAUUUGGCUGGUUAAAAUGAUCUCACGGUUUAGAUCUAUUAGAAAAUUUGGUGAAUCUCUAUUCGAUAGCUAACAUGUAGUACAAUUAGUACAAAUGCAUGAGCUGUUGCCAAACCGCGAUUGCUUUUCUUCCAGUAUUUAAAGUACAUUCCACUUCCACAUAUUACAACACGAUCGUGUCGUUGCCGUUUCUUGGCAACAAUGCUCGACUCCACAUCAUUGCUCGCGUUUCUUCUAGGGUUUCUCAUCGUUGCACUAACGAUGAAGAAGCGUAAAGAGCCGAAGAAAAACGUGUUAAUGACUUCCCACACAAGAAAUCUCCUCCUCCCUCCCGGUCCAAAAUCUUGGCCUCUAGUCGGAAACCUACCAGAGAUACUAUGGAGGAAGAGACCGGUGUUCCGGUGGAUACAUGCCAUCAUGGAAGAACUAAAUACCGAUAUUGCAUGUAUCCCUCUCGCCAAUACUAACGUGAUUCCCGUGACGUCCCCGCGGAUCGCACGGGAGAUUCUUAAGAAGCAAGACUCUAUUUUCGCCACUAGACCGUUAACUAUGGGCACGGAGUACUGCAGCCGCGGGUACUUAACCAUCGCGGUGGAGCCACAAGGCGAGCAGUGGAAGAAGAUGAGGAGAGUGGUGGCAUCUCACGUGACGAGCCAGAAGAGCUUCAAAUGGACGCUUGAGAAGAGAACCGAAGAGGCUGAUAACCUCGUCCGUUACAUCAACAACCUUUGUGUCAAAAACCAAGGUAACGGUUUCGAGGUUAUUGAUUUAAGGCUAGUGGUGCGGCAAUACAGUGGUAAUGUAGCUCGGAAUAUGCUGUUUGGUGUAAGGCAUUUUGGUAAAGGAAGUGAAGAUGGAUUUGGACCAGGGUUCGAAGAGAUUGAACAUGUUGAUUCUUUGUUUACGGUCGUAACCCAUAUUUACGCAUUUGCAUUGUCGGAUUAUGUCCCGUGGCUAAGAUUCUUGGACUUGGAAGGCCAUGAGAAGGUUGUGAGCGGCGCAAUGAGGAAUAUAAGUAAGUAUAACGAUUCUUUUGUCGAUCAAAGACUCGAGCAGUGGCGUGAUGGGAAGAUGAAAGAGCCUCAAGAUUUUCUUGACAUGUUUAUAUUGGCUAAAGACACCAACGGGAAUCCUGCCUUGUCGGACGAAGAGAUCAAAGCACAAGUACGGUAUGAACUAAUGUUGGCGACGGUGGAUAAUCCGUCAAAUGCGGCGGAGUGGGCUAUGGCGGAGAUGAUAAACCAGCCGAACAUAAUGCAAAAAGCUGUGGAGGAGAUCGAUAGGGUAGUCGGGAAAGACCGUUUUGUCCUUGAAUCCGACAUCUCAAAUCUCAACUACGUCAAAGCUUGUGUGAAAGAAGCAUUCCGGUUACACCCUGUGGCGCCGUUCAAUCUCACUCACAUGUCCACCGCCGAUGCAGUAGUGGACGGUUACUUCAUUCCAAAGGGAAGUCACGUUCUGAUCAGUCGUUUAGGGAUCGGGAGAAACCCUAACGUAUGGGACAAACCGCUUAAGUUCGACCCCGAGAGACAUAUGGGCAAUAACAAAAAUGUGGAGCUGAACGAUCCAGAUCUCAAUAUAAUUUCGUUUAGCGCGGGACGAAGAGGGUGCAUGGGUUCAAACAUUGGGUCGGCCAUGACGUACAUGCUGCUGGCCCGGUUGAUUCAAGGGUUCACGUGGUCAUCAGUGCAUGGUGAGGAUAAAAUCGAUAUUUCUGAAAGCAAGAGUGACCUUUUCAUGGCCAAACCUUUGCAUGCGAUUGCAACACCUCGUUUGGCUCCACAAAUAUACUCAACCUAGUUGAGAAAACAAGCAUUAGUACACACAUAUCGUAAGAAUUGUCCAAUUCGGAAACCAUCAAUAGCUAAACUAGGAGACAACUAUGUUGCUAGUUUCGUUACUUGCGUAUUUUAUAGUGUAUCAUAUACAAACACGUACAAGUUAAUUCAUCACAAAUAUGUUGCUCAUAAUUAGAUGGAUUAUAUCAUAAUAAUUGGAUUAAUUAUACUUACCAGUUACCACAUUUCAUAUAUAUAUACAUAUUUGCAAUUGAUGUUUGUCUUUUUAUACUUACAUAUGCAUUAGGAAUAUCUCAACAUGAUCACA